UCGUAGGAUCUAGGAAUCAAGAUGCCAUUUGUCGUCGAAAUGGAGAAUCUACACGUGGAACGUUAAGUCUAGCCAUGCUAUAAAAGCUGGAUCUGUUUACAUCACAUACUUUAGUCAUCGUUGCUAUAACAAUUUUUAAAUAUGAAAAUCCUUCUCUCUCUCCUUUUCCUUUGCAUCGUUGUUAUCGCCACUACUUCACCCAUUGGCUUCUCCGAGAGUUCUACGUCGGGAGAUGCUUCUGCUUCUGGAUCAUAUUCUGCUGGAAUAGGCUCAAAUACUGAUUUAAAAGGAUCAACUUCAGCUUCUUCGAAAUCUGGUGGAAGUGCAACUUCUGGAAGCUUUGAUGCAAGUGAUUCUAACACCAACUCUUUAUUCUCAGCAACCAUUUCCGAUUCCACAAAGAACGGAGAUGCAUCUGCUUCUUCUUCAGGAGAAAAUAAUCAUGAAUACACAAGUUCCUCAAGUUCAUCUAAAGGAAAAGGCACUGCAGAUGGUCAAGCUGGAACUUUUGGCAAAUACACUGAUGCUGUUCAAGGUGUUUCUAAGGGAAAUGGAAAUUCUGCAGAUACAUCAGUUAGUGACUAUUCCAACUUUGUAGGAGCAACUACAGGUGACGUCACCACACAAGGAAGUGGAUCUGCUGAAUUCAAUACUGCCUCAAAUGGAAAAGGCUAUAUCGCAUCUGUUACUGGUCACUCGUCAAGUAAUGGUGGUUCCCAAGUUAUUACCGAAGCUGUAGCAAGUUCAUCUCCAAUAUCUUAUCAGGGUACGGCUACUGGAAGCUCCACCAACAAAGGAUCGUAUUCCCAAAUCAAUGGUUUCGGAUCUUAUCCUGAUCUUCCUUACUUAUUACCCAGUUUUACUAUUCCAGCUGCAGCUGGCGAUUAUCCUUUUUCAACUCCAUAUGCAGAAAGUUAUGGAGUCUAAAUCUAUAUUGUAUACUGACGUAGCUAAAGAAUAGUAUGCAAAAGUGUUUUUUGUGGAAGCUAAUAAAAUGCGCUUUGAGAAGGUAUUCUAAACCAAGUAGGAGUAAAGAAUUGUGCAAGAUAUUAUAUAUCAACCAGGUUUCUGUUAUACCAGAAUCGUUUUAAUAUUCCUUGUAACAAGUAUUACCCAAAUGAAACUAAUGAUUAUAUAUAUUCAAUCUGCCAAUAGAUGGAAUAAGGUGAAAUUUCAUGUUUGGAGGAAAUCGCCGUCGAUAAAUGGUUUGUUGAGGUAAGUAUAUCUAUGAGUGUUCUUUAUGGAUUAUGCAAGGAAUGGGCGAUAUGAUGAUAGUUAGUGUCACUACAGUUUUUUUGUAGUAAUAGGAAGUGCCGUUUGAGUUCAAUUUGUAUAGAGGCAAUACAAGUUGACGACGUUGAGAAAACACAACCAUCUGAAAGUUUUAGAACAUGCCCUAUUGUGUCGACCAGUAUAUAUACUUACUUGACAGUUGACUGACUUUGGUUGUUGUUAGGUUUCCAAAAAGUCACUGAGACAGAAAGAGAAUUGCAUAGAUAUCUACUCUUCAAUGCCGAAGCCACUAUAUACAAAUAGUAGGAAUAAAGAUUAUAAAGGUUCUUGUACCAAUGAAUUACUUUGAAUUUCU